GCAUAUGCCAUCUUCUCGGCCGUCAUGUGCCUUUCCAAUACGCCCCGUUGCACUCUGUUGCAGCGCACCUCUGCCCCUUCUAUCCCAUGUAGCUUUCACUUCGUCAGAGAGAACCUCGCGCUUCCCCGCUCCCUCCAAGGAGUGAUUGUGGGCGAUCUGCGUGAUGCAUUCAACCACUGUCGUGCCUCUGCCGCUCGCGCCUUCCGUAUGAUGAAGAGCAUCAACAGACGCCGCGAACUCCGUUACAAAGCUAUGUGCCCCCGCGAUGAUGCUGCCGUUUACCUCUCCCACGCGGAUUCCGUCCAUCGUCUCUGGGACUGGUACCAGGACUACAAUUCCGACGACCCGACUCUUGCGCCUACCCCCAAGAUCCCCAGUCUCCUUAUGAAAUUCCGGAUUGACCAUCGAACCUACGACCAGUGGGCCCGCGAAUACCACCGUCUGCUGGAAUCCUUCCUCGAAGGACCUUACCGGGCCUGGCUCGACGCCAAAGAGGAGAUGGAGGAUUUGAUCUCCAAGGCCAGACUCACCACCCUCAAUGGCGCGAAUGGGGAGCUAUGGCAGACUUUCUGGGGACCCCGCUUCCUCGCCGAGAUGGAGAAGUGGGAGGAGUUCUUGCCUGAGCUCGCACUUCCUUCCUACGAAGACCUGGUGGACGAGAUGUACCAUGCGAUUCGCGAGCGGGUCGAAGAUGGCGAACGCCUCUCGAAAGAGUUUUACCUUUACGGCACCACCACUCCCUGA